UCUUUCGCUGAUAACUUUAAGAUUGAAUUGGAUUUUUUAAUCAUGAAUAUUAAAGAUUUUAGAAAUAAAGAUGCUAUAAUAAUGUGUGGAAAUAAUUUUAAAUGAAGUAGAGAAUGAGACCUAAACAUGACUUCGCCGUCGGCUGUGGUGUGUCGUGAAAUAUUUGAUGAAAAUAGCCAACCAUCAGCCGAAGAAGUCUCAGACUAUGCCUGUCAGCUCGGCAUUGAUCCAGAGAGUGAGAGUCAUCUUCUACCCCUGGCUAGAGAUGGUCUCAUGCAAGCUCUGCCGGCCCCAUGGAAAGCCUAUUUUGAUGAAAAGCUUCAAACUCAUUACUACUACAAUGAAGAAACAAAGAAGACUCAAUGGGAACAUCCUCUUGAUCAUGUUUAUAAAGAAUUGGUGAAGAAAGCCAGGGAUGCCUCUGUGCAAGAUGACACCUGUGCAUCGGUUCAGGAACUUCUCACAUCUGAAGAAAACACCAAAAACCUUGAACGCGUCGAAACCAAAGUGGAGAGCGAAGAUGAAGAUUUAAGCACCGAUAGCGAACAACAUGUGUCUGAUGUCAAGGACAGUGCAAAUCCUGCGGUAAUGUCCGGAAGUAGACGUUUGACUCCUUUGGGAAGGCCACCUCUGGCUCCACUGUCCAGAUUGGAGAAAAAACUGAGUGAUCUGCGAAUAUCGCCUCUAAGACGCAGUGUAGAAAGUCCUUCAUCGCCUAAACCGAGUCUAGUCAGAAAUAUAUCCGAUAGAGAUAUUCUUAGUCGUCCCACGUUUGAGAGGCCUAAAAUGUUGUUCAAACAGCAAUCCGAAAUAAUUGAUUUGAAGAUGCACGUUUUGACUAGUCCGGAGGAAGAAAAUUUUAGUCCACUUUUAUCAUCCACUAAAGUAGACAGAGGGUUACCGUUGACAGGCAAAGGAAACAUGUUCCUCAAGCUGUCUCGUUCGAAUCUUCCCAGUCCAGAUACAGAGAAGUCUCUACAACUAGAUUCAGUGACUAAAAGUGACCCACCGAAGGGUAUUCUGCGAGAGAAAACAUAUGACGCGAUCCAGAAAAAGGCUGAAAUUAUUCUCGGGAGGGCCAAGCAAACUCCGAGUUUUGAAGAAGAUAAGAAAAGUGUUAGGUUCAAACUGGAAAAUCUCCCGGAUCCUACCGUCAGUCCCGGUUCAAACAGCUCCUCGGAACAGAACGACGCUCAGAGUUCAAUACGAGCUGCCUUGCCAUCACCUACGUCGACCCCCAUUAAUCCUAUGCCUUUAUCACCAUUGGUAUCCAGACCCCCAUUACCGCCUAAAUUGGAUAGCCCCAGGGAAAUUAAAAGUAUUUCCGGUUCCGAAAGAGAUUCAAUUGAGAGCGAAAGUUUAAAUCGUGGAACUUCUCCAAGACGUCGCCUUGUGAAACCCUCACCAGCGGAUUAUAUUAAACCUGAAUUGUUCCAGAAGAAUUUCCAAAAAAUUUCAGAUUUAGUCCGAAGAAGCGAUAUUGAACCGACGCCUAUGACUUUGGAAGAACCUUCAUCUGACAAAGAAAUCAGACCGAGAUCACCGUUAAUACCACUAAGGAGCAAGAUAUCAAUAAAUCUGAUGGAAAGCAUCGAAUCUGAAACUUCGAUUGAUUCCCCUGAUAGAGAAUUCGCCAACUUGGAUCUAAACGACUUAGACGACUCAAACGUUAAGGUAACCGAUACAAAAGACUCUGACAAGGAAAACAGUCAAAAAACAGAGGACUCGUCAGAGAAAUCACAAUCUAAAGUGACCGAGUCACUGCCGAAACCACGAGAUCCGAUCCCGCAGAUUAAAGUUCCUAAAUUAGAGCCCAUACAGAAGCAGAAUAAAAUUACUCAUACAGAUUCAGAGGAUUCCAAGAAGAGUACAAACGACGACGAAGCAAAGACUAGCGUCAGAUCAAAUAGUAUAGAAAUACCUAAGGCUAGACCACAGCUAAAACUAUCUCCAACACCAAGCUUGGGAUCGGAUAGGUCGCCUAGACUAGAAUUCGCUAAGAACUGGUCCAGCCCUUUAACGACUUUCAAACCUUUCAAUAAAAAUGUCAUAACGCCAUUGAAAUCAUCAGAUUCUGCGUCCAGUUUGGGCAAAGGCAUAACCAGUCCGAGGUUAGACGGCGUGAUACUAUCUCAAGGGAAAUCGAGCACAGAUAACGUUGUUGUGGUAUACCAGUUCGAAACGCAGGAAGACACACCCAAACCAAUAAAAUCUCCAUUGAUACCGGAUAUGGGGGUCAGGGACAUGCUUGAGAGGAAGCAAGAUGAGCGUAGAAGGUUGGAGUUAGCUCUACAGAAGGAGUUGGAGGUUAUAAGAAUAGAGUUCAGUGCGAAAGAGAAAAGAAUGAGGUCGGAGUUGCAGGAAGAGUUGAAGGAAGCGGAAGAGAAGUUUCUGAACGAAAAAACGAUGAGGUUGAAGGAACAAUCGGAUCGACAUAAGAGGGAAAUGGAUCAGGCCCUCACAGACGCUGAAAGGAAGCAUCAACAAGAGCUUCAGAACAAUUUGAAAGAAAUCGAAAGAAAAUAUAACAACGAUACUGAGACAGCUGCAAAACAAUACGAGAGUGAUAUGGCGAGACUGAGGAGCGAUUACAGUAGGAAGUUCAACGAGUUACGAGAACAAUUAGAAAUAGAAAACGAACGGGCCUUAACUGAAGUGCACAGCCAAUUGCAAGCCAUCUUGAAUAGAGAGAGAUCGAGAAUGAUAGAAGAGAACCGCGCUACCAUUGACACGUUAAGGGAGGAACACACUACACGCGUCACCGACUUGAGACAUGACUAUAGAGCUGAGGUGGAGCGUCUCCGUGCCCAGCACGCGUGUCACUUGGAGGAGCUGCGAGCUCGUCUGGCCGGGGAGAGGGCGUCCUCUAGACGAGAGGACAGGGUCGUCCUUGACAAGUACAAGUGUUUGAAGGAGAAGUACGCGAGAUUGAAACACGAUGUUAAGAUGUCUAUAGAGAGGCGUAACAAGCGUCGCGAGAUGAGUAUGACGACUGGAUCGGAGACUGAGAAGUCAAACUCACACAAAACGAACAACCAGUCCUUGGAAAGAUGUAAGGAGCUGAACGAGACGUCGGUCAGUGUGGUGAUGGAGAGCGAGCCUCCCCGCAGGAACAACAAUCCAACUAUAAAGUUCACGGACGAGACGUCUUACUCCGAGAGCAACGCGCAGAGGUCGCUGGAUAAUAACAACGAAGACUGGAAACACAAAAGGGAUGUUACUCUACAAUCGGAUCCGUCAAAGCUGUCCUCGAAGCCUCGCAAACGAAAUGCAGUGGCUUUCAGAGAACCUCCGAGACGUAGGCGGGACAAAGAUACAGACGCUGGUACUACCGACUGUCAGGAUUCGUCAGACGCGACCACAGCGGACGAGAAGCCCAAGGAGAAUAUAAACGGUCACGGUAGACGUAGGUGUUUCACGAGAUUAAAAUCAGCUUCCACCUCGAGAUUGAAUUAUUCACCGAAACGUGGUGAAGGUUGGUCGAGCCCAUUGGAAUGUCUCCGUCAACAAUUAAGAAAAUUAGACGACUUAGAAGAUCAGUUCCCCGACCUCGCCUGCCAGCCGGCCUACAGUCUGAGAUAUCCCUUCGGAGAGUUAGGUCCCGGUCCUACAGCUGAUACGCCCGAGCUCGAGUUCGUGCGUCACCGUGCGUUAGUGGAGCGUGAGGGCGUGAGGCGAGCGAGGGACGCGCUCCGCAGACGGCGAGCCACUCUCCGCGAGAGAGACAGACUGUCGCCACACAGAGCGCCCUCGGAGGAACGCGAAGCUACAGAGCUCGAGGUAGCGCUGCACCGAGCACGAGCGUUGCUCGGUGAAAAGGAAAUAAGGCUGAGACACAUCGAGCGAGCCUUGCGCAAAUUAGCGGACGCGCAGCCGCCGCUCAUACAGGAGGCUACUACCAGCGAAGCGUCGUCUGGUAGCGAAGCACCUCACGAAGCGGAAGCGGGUAGCGCGGUGCUUCGCUCUCUUCGAGCGCUUCACGCUGACGUCAGAGAUAUAUGGAGGGCGCUGGACGCACGUCGCCCUCACACCGCCUCGCCGGAGACGAGUUCCUGUAACCCCACCACCUCUCACACUAGAUUGACGAUGUCGGCUCCUGAAACCUGCAAGACGAACCCACAGGACUCGGACGCGAUCACAGAGAAGGCUAAAGGAUUGAGAGCGUGGCUUCAGACAGCUCCAUGAUGCAGUCCGGACAGCAUUAUAUAAUAUCGCCCGUUCAUAGUUAUCUUAUUAAUUUCUCUCUGCGUUUUUAUGGUAUAAAUGCAUUAUUCGAAUUAACCACAGACAACAAAUCAUUCCAUAAAGUUUGAGGAAAAAUAACAAAAUGUAUGUUAAUUUUACUUUUAUUUUAUAAGUACAUGUGUGUGAAAGUCCUACCCGCUGUGAAGGGUAAUUUUAAAGAUGACUUUGUUAAUGAAAUUUAUAUCUUCGGUACUUGAUGUGAUUAUGAAGAUUUUGAAUUAAUGUGUUGUGGGAAUAGAAACCAAAUGAUUGUAUCUAGUCAUAAUUUUAGUCGAUAGACUGAUAAUGGAACUUCUAUUCUAGAUAUAUCUAGACACGUGAUUAUCCUAGAUUAAUAUUGUAGUGAUAGUUGGUAUGCCUGUCGCCCACUUCAGACUCGGCGACUUUUCGUAGAGUUCGGUAGCUUGGAUGUAUUACCCCGAAUCUCCUAUUGAUGUAAUGCGAUUAUAUUACAUAAAAAAAUACUUUAGGUUAUUAAAAAUGCACAUAUUUCAUGGAAUAUUUUUAUUCGUCUUAAUCGAUAUUUAAUUUUAAAUUUAUAUCUAUUUUUACAUAAAUUCAAUUAUUUAAAUCAUAUAUUUAAUUAAAUUUAAUUUAGCUGAAGCGUUAACAAAAAACAUAAAAAUAACAAAACAACUUGGUUGUAUAGGAAAAUAUAAAUUUAGUAGAAAAUUUUCUUUGAAAAUUAGUUUUUAGUUAAGCGGCUGAAAAUAAAACACCUUCGUCGAUACUAACCUAUUUUAAAAUUAUUUACUGAAAAAUUUAUUAUAGUCAAUGACUAAGAUAAUAUUUGAAUUUAGAAUCAACAGAGGUACUCGUAAAAUGGUCAAAAUGUUACCUUUAAAGAGCGCGUCACGUCCCGCGUAUGUUGUGAUGUGAUAUGAUAAAACUAUAUAUAUGUACAUACCACCCGGCUGGUUUCUUGAUGUAUUGGUGUAAUAUCUGUGUGUUAUGUAUUAAUUUAAUAUAUUUUUAUUCACACAGUUCCAUACAAUGUCACUGUGACAGUGAAAACGCACGUUAUUUCGGAUCUAGUUAAUAAUUUAUCUUUAUAAUAUUCUCGUCUCGACACUUUGAGUUUAACCUUAAUGUGGACAUCUCGUCUGCCCGUGAUCACGGUCGCUGAAAAGUAACCGAAACGUCGGGAGUAUGCAGUAUGUAGUUUUUUUACAAAAAUAAAGCACACGUAGUAGGUAUAUCCGAAUAUCCGAAAAUAUACUAGUUUCAGUUAAAUGAAUACAACUCGCGAAAGUCUUAGAUCUCAUUAAUGUGGACUGAUUAGGAUCGUUCGGAUUCUAUCGACGAUUUUUCUAUACAAAUAUAGCAAGAUUGUUGUAUGGAAGGAAAGGGAAGUGAACUGUGAUAAUGUGGAGAUUGAAUGUUCGAUUCUGUAGUCAAAUUUGGUCCGUACGUUAACAAAAAACUAUCCGUUAAACAAACGGUCGUGUUUAAUUGAGAAUAAAAAAAAUAUUAAUAGUUAUGAGGUCGAUUUAAACCAAUGGCCUUUUUUUUCUUUGUAUAUUUCUUGGACUUUAAGUCCGUAUCGUCUCGCUUGAAUGUGUCAUUGUUUACAAUGAUAAACACGCACAAAUUUUUAACUCGUAACAUAUAGUAUUUUUGUUGAUAGAAUGAUUCUUAUAUAACCUUAUGGUUUUCGUGUUUUCUCAUAAUGAGGGUAGUUACUCAUUGAAAAUAUAUAUAAUACUAUAGCACAUCUAGUCAAAUGUAUCUCGAGUUAUAUUGAGCUUGACUUAGUUUUAUUCUUAAUUAUAUAAAAAGUUUAAUUGAAAUUUUAUUUACAACAAAAACUAUGUACGUUCAUAAAGAUGUCUAUUAAGUUGUCUAUUCUAGAUAAUAUUAAAUACAAAUAUAUAUAUAUAUAAAUCUAGUAAUUCAAUAUCUGAUGCCAAAUAUAUUCGAAUGCUGUUGAUAUAUAAUCAUGUAAGUUUAAUUAUCUGUGGUUACGUAUUGUAGUGAAUUUAAAAGCAAUCGACGGACGAGCAUUCCAUCUAUCUAUCUAUAUUCGAGUCUUAUUUCAUCAUAAUCUGUCGAUCGAUUUUAAUUCCACUAACCAUAAUAUCUAUAUAAUCAAAUGAACAUACGUAAAUCUUACUUACAAUUAAAGUUCUAUGGUUGUUUCCACUCAGCUGUUACACUACUAUUUUUAAUUAUAUGUAAAUACUUAAUAUACAGUGUGUUUAUAUAUGUCCAUAGUUAAUCCUGAACAGAUUCACAGUAUAACAUAUAGUAAUAUAAAUUUCGAUCUUAGUACAUGCCAAGUGUGAAUACGGGUUUAUUUAUAAGACACUUUUUUUUAUAAUCUGUGCUCUUCGUUCCAGUGUAACAUAAUCCUAAAGAUUGUUAAGUCAACGAUAUUAUUGUGGAAGUAAAACGAUACAUCUC